AUGAAAACACGGAGUGGGGCUGAAUUGAAGCAAGAUAAAAGCGAAGACAGCACGGACGACGAAGGUGAUGACUUCAAAAUGGCCAAUAGUAGCAGCACUUAUGGUAGUUUGGAUGUGAGACGCCCUGAUCCCCUAAAGUUUGAUGGUAAUGUUGCAGAGCAAUGGCGUGUUUUCAAACAAAAUUUUGAUAUAUACGCCAUAGCCAUUGAUUUGGAAGAAAGAAAAGAACAGCAAAAAGUUGGAAUAUUUCUCAAUGCGUGUGGUCCAGAAACAAUUGAAAUUUUUAACACUUUUGGACUUACAGUGGAACAGAAGAAGAAUUAUGAUGCAGUUUUUGCGGCAGUUGAAAAUUACUGCACGCCAAAAAAAAAUGAGGUGUAUGAAGCUUUUAGAUUCAAUUCGCGGAAGCAGGAGGAGGGGGAGCCAUUCGAAUCGUAUUUGCUUGACUUGCGCAAAAGAGUGAAACAUUGUGGGUAUACGGACAUGGAUAGAAUGAUUCGAGACAACAUUGUUAUUGGGACAAACAGUCAAAAGCUGCAGAAAAAACUCUUAGAAACAGAAAAUUUGACUUUGAGCAGAGCCAUUGAAAUCGCGCGCGCUGCUGAGCUAGUGGACAAAUAUACAAAUGAAAUGCAACAACAAAGCAAAUGCACAACAGUGAAUGCAAUAAGAUCACACAAACAAAUUUCGCAAAAUAGCGGUGCGCGCAAUACAAUAGAAAAUACUAAAAGUUUGAGCAAAGAAAAUGUACGAGUUAAGCAUAAUUCAAGACAAAGUGCUAAUUGUAAAUUUUGUAAAGGGGUUCAUGAGUUUGGCAAAUGCCCAGCCUUCGGGAAAAAAUGCAACAACUGCGGUCGUUUAAAUCAUUUUAGCGUUGCGUGUUAUAGCUCACAAGUUCACGAAAUAAAAGAGAGUGACGAAAAAAGGGAAAGUGGCGAUGAUAUUGUUUUGCAUAAUAUUGAAGACUUAUCAGUGGGUCGGAAAAGAUGGUAUGAAAAAAUCAGAGUGAAUGAUUGCCUCAUAAAUUUUAAGUUGGAUACGGGUGCCGACGUUAAUAUUUUGCCUUACAAGUAUUUUAUAAAAUACAUGAAAAAUACGAUGCUCUAUGAAGGUGGUUUGCCACCACGCAGUUAUAGUGGAGCUGAGUUGGAUUACAAAGGUGUAAUUCAAUGUUUAGUGAUGUGCCGAAAUGAAAUAAAGACUUUACAAUUCACGGUUGUUGAUACACCAUACGAACCUUUGUUAGGACUAUCAGCGUGUGAGCAGCUUAAUCUUAUAAAGCGUGUAAACGUCAUUCGUGAAGCAACAAGGGAUGAAUUUAUACGAAACUAUAGAGAUGUUUUUGAAGGCACGGGAUGUUUUGUGACGAACUUGGAUAUCCAGGUAAAGAAAAAUUCGGUUCCGGUGGUAAAACCAGCAAGGAGAAUCCCACAGUCGUUAGCAGAAAAAGUCAAAAAAUGA